CACGAUGUUGGCGCCAUUUCGAAAGUAGAGAGCAAAGUUUAUUUUCGAAUUUGCCUCCAAAAUCGUUACCAAAUUCUAGAAAUUCCAGUGCUUCCCUCUUCUCCGUCAUCCAAAUUUUUCCCAUAUAAAUAUAUAUAUUAUCGGCCUCUCCGAACCCUAAACAUACAAUUUGUCUUCUCCCUUUUCCAUUCAUAUUUGUUUAUCGAAGGAAAGAAAUUUGUGAAAAUGGCAGGCGGUGGAUCAUCUUCAUCAAACGCUUCGAGACUGAGAAAGAGGGUGGAGGCUGACACCUCUUCUUCUACUGCUCUGAAACGUGCUAGAGACGGCAGUGCUUUUGCCAAAUGUGAAGAAUGCAACAAAGAUGUCCCAGUUGCGCUGAUAAGCUUUCACAACUGCAGCCUUGAUGCCAAAAUUAAGAUGAAUCUGGAGGCCCAAGUUGUGGAAAUGCCAAGUGAGGUUAAAAAGAAACCGCCAUCAGAAAGGAAAAAGUCUAAGAAGACAGAAUCAAGUGCCAAAAAUGGGAAAACUGGCAACAAUUCCAAAAAACCAAAGCGCCCUCCUACUGCAUUCUUUGUAUUCAUGGAAGAUUUUAGAAAAUCCUUCAAGGAGUCUAAUCCUGAUACCAAGGGUGCAGCAAAGGUUGCCAAGGAAGGUGGUGAGAAAUGGAAAUCAAUGUCUGAGGAGGAAAAGAAGGUAUAUGUUGAAAGGGCUGCUGAGCUUAAAGCUGAAUAUGAAAAGGCAUUGGAGGAGUUCAAUGAGGCUGAAGAUGAGCAAGGUGAUGAUUUGUGUGAGAAAGAAGUUGAGGAGAAAGACGAAGAGAAUGAUUCAUCUGAGAAAGAAGUUAAGGAGGAAAGUGAAGAAGAUGAUGAGUAGGCCUUUUUUCCUUCUUUAAUCUUGUUUUGGUUCCUGGGACCUUUUAAAAAUUGUAAAUCUAAGGUUUUAGUUGAAGGAAUUAUGUGGAGUGGGUAGUGUAUUUGCUCUUGAACCUUUUUUGAGGAAUGUUAUCUGAAUAUGUAUUGUUUUGCAUGUUAUGAUUGUUAAUGAAGUGAAAAUUUUACUUCAGUUGUGAAA